AUGGAACAAAAAAUAAUGUUCUUAUUUAUUAAAACUUCACUGUUUAUACUUAUACCUUGGAGUUCUUUAAAUAAAAACUUGGUUGAAAAAUGCAAUCUUUGUAGAAAAUUAAAUUCUAGGAAUUAUCGACUUUUAGAAAAAUAUAAACAGCAUAAGGAUUCAAGUGUAAUAGAUUUUAGAGCAGAAAUGCCAAAUAAUAUAGUGAAAAAUAAAAAGUAUAUAUAUAAUAAUAUUAGUAAUAAAGGAACAAAAAGAAAGCAUAAACACUCAUGUAAAAGUUCAAUAAGUACUGAGGAAUACGGUAAAAAUGUUAAGACAAAUAAAUGUGGUAAACCUAAAACAAAAGAAUAUUUCAAUUUUGAAGAAAAAAUAUUUAAAAAACUUGAUUAUGAAGAUUACGUUAAAAAUAUCAAGACUAUCGAAUAUAAGGAAUAUAAAAAACUAUCAUGUAAAAAACGAAAAGUACGAAUUUCCUUACUUUUGUUAGUUAUCCUGGUAUUAAUACUACCCAUAUUAGAUCUUUCAUUAGAAAAAUUUAUAGAUGGUGGUUUGUUGGGUUUAUUAGAGUUGUUAUCGCCAGUUGUAGCUCAAGAAGGUGGUGUUGCGUCUGGGGUAGAGGGUGCUUUGAACACUUUGUUAAGCAAAAGCAGUUGGGGUAUGUUAGAGAAAAUAUCUGCGUCAACUAUUUUCUUUUACUGUGUACCUUUCGUUAUAUUUGUUGUCAUAUUUAUAUUUGGAAUGAUUUAUUACUAUAGAAAAGUUCUAAAAUAUGAAAAUAUUAAGUUCAGAAAAAGAUCAAAUAAGAAGUAA